AAAGAUAUCUGGAAGUGGUGAUUUCCUCAUACGUAUUCCGUGGGCCACGUGUAAAGUCUUUGUUGCGGUAGUGGGGGAUCAACAAUCGCACUUCAAACAGGAGUCCUGUGGCAUCUGAGAUACCUUUCUUAAUAAGUUUUUAAUUUUGCAAAAUGAUUCGUAAUAUAGGACCUGUAUGGCAAGCGUGUUUAGGCACGUUAUUUACUUGGGGACUGACUGCAUGCGGGGCUGCUGUUGUCGUAAUUUUUAAAGGAACCCAGCGAAGACUACUUGAUUGUAGUCUAGGUUUUGCUGCGGGAGUGAUGCUGGCAGCAUCAUACUGGUCAUUAUUAGAUCCAGCUCUUGAAAUGGCAGAACAGUCUCGGAUGUAUGGCAUACGUGGAGAGUAUGCAUUUGUUCCUGUUGCAAUCGGAUUCCUUCUUGGUGCUUUAUUUGUUUAUGGUACAGACAUUUUGAUAUCAGUCCUGAAGGUUUCAUCACCCUACAAAUUGUUAAUAGCAAUGAACAAUGGAAAUAAGAAGAACAUGCGAAAAUCAAGACUCAAAAAUCAUGGAAAAGGUAAUGGAAAUUUUGCAAGAUUGGACUGGCCUGAGGAAAAUGCAGAUGGUCUUAGUGAUGUAAUUGCCCAUCAAUCUGGCAUAUCCAGGAGGAAACUUACUGGACAAACUCAGCCUGAAGAUAACCAAGAGUGGAUUGAGAAUAAUGAUGAAGAAUCAGUUUCUGAAUAUUACAACAAGGCGCAAUGGAAGAGAAUAGUGUUGCUUAUAGUGGCUGUUACUAUUCAUAAUAUUCCAGAGGGACUUGCCGUUGGCGUGGGCUUUGGAGCUAUUGGAAGUACUCCAUCUGCUACAUUCGAGAAUGCAAGGAAUCUUGCGAUUGGCAUUGGUAUCCAGAAUUUCCCAGAAGGCUUAGCUGUAAGUCUACCUCUGAAAGGCGCUGGAUUUUCCACAUGGCGCAGCUUCUGGUACGGCCAGUUAAGCGGCAUGGUGGAGCCCCUCUUCGGUUUGCUGGGAGCCGCUGCUGUCCGCACCGUGGAACCCGUGCUGCCCUAUGCGCUGUCUUUUGCCGCCGGCGCCAUGGUGUAUGUGGUUGUGAAUGACCUGCUUCCAGAGGCACACUCCAACGGGAAUGGCAGACUGGCUUCUUGGGGUGCUAUCCUCGGCUUCGUCAUUAUGAUGGUCCUGGACGUCGGGCUGAGUUAGGUGGUCAACAUUCAACAAUCAGUGCAUCGCACUAUAAACUUUACGUUCCAGCAUCUCGUCAAAUUUUAUCUUCUUUUCGGGCCUUUUCAAGUUUGCAUCAGAAGAAAAUGUAAACAACUCAUCCAAAUCCUUUUUACGCACAUGUUAAUUACGUUCCGGGAGUUGCUUUUGCUCCUGAUAACUGGUAGUCUUCCACAUUUUGUACUUAAUGCACUAUCUACAUUAGUUAGGAAUAUUUUGUUAUUUCGUUUCAAUGUUUUGUUGUUUCAUAGUAAUGGCAUUGUGGGGCAUUAUUCGUGUUUUCAUUUGGUGUUUGUUGAAUAUUCAGGUGUGAAUUAUUGGCACAUUGUAUUGCUCACUGGGUGGUCGGUGUUUAUGAAUAACUAGUUUUUCAAAUACUAUUGUUGAUAUGUUUAUGCAUUUGGUUCUCGUAUCCAAACCGUGCGGGUUUCUUUUAUUGCGCAAUUGAAACAGGAGCAAGCUAAAUAGCUAAAUUACUCCUUUCUAGAAGUUUCAAAUAUUAAAAAAAAAUUUCUAUGUAUCAUGCAAACAUUAUAUAAUGAGUGCAAAUUAUUAAAGGCUAGAAAUAUUUGUGAUUUAGAAUAAUUUAAAGUAUAGAAUGAUUUGGGAUUUUCUGAAGAGUGUUUUGUGUACUGAUUUUUGUAUAUUAAAACACUUCUCGGAAUUUUUUGAGAAUUCACAUUUGUGUGUAUUGCAGCCGCAAGCAUUUCUCAGAGAUUACAAGUAGGGUUCAUUUUUUCUCAGGAACAUGUUUUAUUUUCUGGAAAUUCGUGACCGGGGAUUGCGAGAUUCAAAUGUUGCAUAAACCAAUGUCGCCAAUAACCGUUCCUUUCGCAUCGUUAUUUUUUGAAGCUGCUUUGCCGGUAUUGUGUCUUCGAUUUCCCCUCCGAGAAAUAUCCGGUUAUGAAAGACUUCUGAAUUUAAAAAUAUCAAACUACAUGUGAAUCAUGUAUACCAGUAAUUUCCAGAUUGAUCGUUAUCGACCACCUAAGUUCGAUUUAAACUUUCUUAAGGCUUAAUGGUUUCAGUGAAGAAAUUUAGAGAGACGGUGACACCUCAAGAUAGAACAUCUUCAACACUUCGUUAAAGUAUUAUUGUUAAUAUUAUUAUGAUCAUCAUUUGUCUGUUUAACGUAAUUUAUGAUUCCAGUUAAUAAAAAGAUUAAGAUUCUUUCUAUGUUCGCCCCAAAAGAAAGUGUAACACAUUCUUACAUUUACAUUUUUUCCAUGAAGCAACGCGCGACAAUUAUUUUCUGUACAUGAAUGCUCUCAUUGAACAAAGCAAAUAAAGUGCGAGAAAGAAAAAAAAUUUUCAUUUCUAUAAUUAUAGUCCAAGACUAGCAUUUUUCUACUUUUAUUCAUAAUUCUGUUUCAAUAUGAUCGUUUUCAUUUCGUUUUAUUUUUAAUUGUUUUUGUUCUCUUGUUUUUAAUGUUUGCUAGUGCAGGUUUCAGUAAUCUGUUGCAAAGAUUACUUCAUUUGCCAUGCAGUUUUCAUCUCCAGUUGCUUAUUAACAAGAGAAUGAAAUUAAAGUUUUGAUAUGUAGUGGUAAUAUUUAAAUCGAGCACGGUGAAAAUAUGUCUUUGUGGGCAAGCUACAUUACUGUGGGGGAUUAACGGUUUUUAUAUUUUUCUCAAAAAGGUCUACAACCCCCAAAUAAAUUGGGAAAACCAGAUGUAGAUCAUUCAUAAAUGUUCAACCUUUCGACGCAGUGGAGUCGCUUAAGAAAAACGUUUUCCCAAACUUAACACAUGUGUUCUACGAGUCCUAUUGAUAACACAUGUGUAUGUGAAAUUAGUUUUUCCGUUUUUAAAACUUUUCAAUCGAUAUCGCAUUGAAGAAGAAGAAAAAUUUUACCCGUGCUAGAACUCUCACCCUCUUUUACGCACAACCGUAUGAAGGAAGGAAUCGUAUCAAAACGUUUUUGAAUAAAAUUCGAAACGCUGCUUGCCCCAACAUACAGGAGUAUAGAAUAGGAGUAUCC